GCGCAACGAAGGAGAAAUUGCGCUCUCGGUGCCCUUCGAUGGCUCCAGUUUUUUGGAGCCCUCUGCCUUCUCGGGUGCUCUUUUCGAGAUCUUUUCCGGGAAGUGGCAGAAAAUGGAGCGCAGGGAGGAGGGUUCUCUGGGUUCUCCUUCACCUCAGAUUCAUCAAGUUCGAAGGGAUCAGGAAGGCGAUAUUCCCUCAGAGCCUCAACGAGCCCUCAGCCUUCGGGUGCGGAGUCGGACCGUCUCCCAAACAUCAUGGAUUCCGAUGUUUUUUCACUUCUUACAUGGUGCUUUGAAUGCGCCUCAGACGAAGCAUCGGACCUUGAUGCAUUUAGGACGCUCUCUGAUGGAAGACAAUCUUCAGUCGCCGACUGCGGAGCAGGCUGUGAACUGGAAGUUAGCAACCGCGUGUGGCUUUCCUUUGGAGCCGGCCGAGAAGAGCUGGCUGCAUCACGAGCUUCUGGGGAGCUUGGGCUACACUUUUCUGGCAUCUGUCGGCCCCUUGGAGCGUACUCCUCAUUGGAUUUUGGCCUCCGACGAAUGGUUCCGACGAGUGCAGAACGUGGACACUGCCUUGGAGACCCUCAGAAAAGUUCGCGAGGCUGCGGAGGAGUUAGUGAGUGUCCUCGAGAAGCACGGGGCGCAGGCUUUUCACGUCUCCUCUCCGUUGUACUACGAAGCGGGAUCGGGCCUCUCGCAAGAUGUUACUCUGCUCCUGUCACGCCAGGGUGCUUACAACAAAGGAGACGCCUGCCCCGUGCAGCGUUUAGCCAAUGCAGAUCAGGGAGUGUUCAUUGUGGAGCACAAAGAGAGCUGUAUGUGGUGCGAGCAGGGGGGCUCUCAAGGAGGAUUGUCGUCCUUUGGCCGCAGCUCGAGUAAAGAAGCACCAGUUUGCGCUUGCUUCCGGCAUCUCGCCAUUUGGGGAGAACGAU